AGAGGGAGGCUGGGAAUGCGUUAUAAGCUAAAAUAAAAGCGAAAGAAGACGAGGAGCCGCGAGUGGCGCGGAUUUGUCGUGACGGGAGGGUGGUUUCUCGGAGUGAGUCGAGUUCAGUACGGACGAUCGCCCAUCGGAAAGCGGGCUACGCCUAUCAGCCACUAAGACCAGUUGAAUCUCGACAUACACGAUGUUUGACGACGAACCACCUGCGUGGGAUAUCGGUGAUGAUACGACCGAAACCCCCGCUGCAGAAGGAGGGGAAGCUGCACCUGCAGAAGGAGCUGAAGCAGCUGCAGCUGGUGACGGAACUGGGAAACCUUACCGUUUGGAGAAGCUCACACCUCCAGAAUACAACCACCAUUGGGUCCGGCCAUUGUUUCUAAAUUAUGGAUACCUUUAUGAUUACAGGAGACACUAUUACGACGACGUAAUCGAUUAUAUGGAUAAAAGGCAAAAAGGGCUAUCCCGGGAGACCCCGAGAGCGCAAGAAUGGGCAGAAAGGGCCAUCAGGAUGUAUGACCUGAAGAACAGGGAGAAGAGCGUAAAACGAACGGUGGACAUGGGUCAAAUUAUCAACUGGAGGACUCUGAUAAGACACUACAGCUAUCACACUCGCGCAUACUACAGUCUCAAGUAUCAAAAGAUCCUCUGAAAAGUAGACUAUCACCGUUUGAAUAAUUUAGGAAGAAGCGACCGCAGGAAAGGAGGGAUAGGGAAAAUGACGAAAACCGAAGAAAAAAAAAAUGAAAAAAUAGGCUUUCCGACUCGAUAACGAAUUUCAUGUAAACGACACGUACGUUACGCGCUUAACAAAUCGCAUGAUAUAGAACAUUGUUACGACAUUUACAUACUUACAGAUGUACAGAAUAUCCCCGGAUGCGUAUUGUAACUCAUUAGAACUGACAAUUGUUUUUCUCAUAUUUACCUUUUUUUUUUUGGAAAUUUCCACAGUGUGUUUGCAUUACGUGUAUCAUAAGGUUGCAGAGAUGGAGGAAGUCAUUGUAAUGGCGGUAAGAGGCAUUUCAACCGAUCGCCCAGAAAGUAGAUUAUUGACAUGCCAUCGUAAUAGAAUACAUCGACAUGUUUUUGGGUAUCUCGUCCUCGAAUGUUCAUUGCACGUUGAUUAAAAACUUAAGUUCGAAGAGUGCUAUUACGCGUACGCCUGUUAUAAUACUUCGCACGACUUAAGGAUUAAAUUGUGAUUAUUAUAUGUAAUAAUAGUGUAAUAAUAGCGGACUCAUGUAUGUGCAAUUAACAGAUUUCUCUAUGUAAUCCGUAUUUUGCGUCGAUUUAUCAUUGUAAAUUUAUGAUUUUUCUUAAGCGACGAGUGUUUCGAGUGACUUUAAUACGAAACUAGGAGACAGCUGAAAUUACAAGCCAAAAUGGCGGCGCUUUAUGAAUGGUCACGUGGCUAAUUUUUCAAAUAUUAUACGCGAAUUAUUGUAUGUAAAUACGCGAAGGAGAUAUAAAUGGUACAGUUACUGGUACCGAAUAAAAUAAAUAACAUACGUGACAAUUGUACAAUUUA